CCUAAACUUAUCAUUAGUUUUCUUUUUUUUUUAAUUUUUUUUUUUUAUAAUACGUGCCUUUAAUAGUUUUUUAACCGCAGAAAACUUCGAUUCUCAUGGCAUCUUUAAGCGAAUCAGAAAGUUUCCUGCAAGCCGUGGUCGCAGCAGCAGCAGCAACAGCUGCCCAAAUAGCUCAACUGACGGCUAACAAGACGGUGGAUCAAUGCAGUUCACAGGCCGGGACUUCUGAGCUACCGACGCCUAGUUUAGAUGAGCCACCGCUCGAGCAGGAGCUGAAGGAGCUAGAGGAGCUGAAGGAGCUGCAGGAUCUGCAGGAGCUGAAGGAGCUGCAGGAGCACCUCAAUUGCGGUUCCAAUUGCCCAAUCAAACUACGAAGUCGCAAUUACACAGACAUUGUGGGCCGUAGGCCAAUCCACACUCCCAAGAGUAAGGCCACGUCCAUGGCCAUAAAUAAGACACCAAAAUCGACAAGAGCAAGGCGAUCAGUCAAAACACCAAAAUCAUCGAAAAAGUUAAAGAACAGCUUGAAAAUAGGCUAUCGCGGCGGCACUCCCAAGAAAGCUUCACCCCCGAGCAUGAGUAAGAAAAAACUACUUAUCGCCAUGAAGUCGCGUCCUGUGACGCAGAGGCGUGCGCUCUAUACGCGCAAGAGUCCCAAGUUGGCUACAAAGAGAAAAGCAGAUGAUCCGGGUCCUGAUGGUGCAUCGCCCUCGAAGCGCAUGCGCUGCGAGAAGAAGAAGACACGGCUGAACGAAAAGAGGAAAAAAUGCGACUCGUCCCUAUCAGACGAUAAUCAGCAAGAGACUCCUCAAAUUAUAGAUAGACUCUCCGUGGAGAAGUCGUCUAGCUCACCAGAUCCGACAUGUUCAGUGCCCGAACUGCCGACACCAAGGCGUAAAACCUUCCGUCAGGCUAAGCCUGAGUCCCAAUAUGAGGCAGAUAGCACUUCCAACAUUAUGGACUUAAGCCAAACGUUGAUGAUCAGUGAAAUUCAAGAUGCCGAUGAUUCUAACCAGGUUACGCUGACAUAUGAAAGAGGACAGCAGGUGGACCUACUGACUAGAGCAGCAGCUCUACACAAGGUGCAGGAUAACUUCUAG